AUGAAAGUUAUGAGAGUCUUAUUUGCCUGUGCAUUGGAGAAGGACUUUGAAAUGCUUCCAGAUGACGAACUUACAGAUAUUGGAGCAAGUGGUAUCAAUCUCAGCGGUGGCCAAAAAUGGAGAAUAUCAUUUGCACGAGCGUUAUAUUCUCGUGCGAGAAUACUUAUUAUGGACGAUAUAUUUAGCGCCCUUGAUGCACACACAGGACGACAUCUGCAUAUUCAUGCCUUAACAGGCGAAUUAUCCGAAGAACGCGACAAGAAUUCUUGUUACCCAUCACUCCACCUCGAAAAUGAUGCUAUCAAAUACGCCGGAACGCUCGUCGAGCUUCGUCGUACAGGAACCUUGAGUGAGAUCCUUGUAGAAGAAGAUACUAAGGAGGAGGCAAAGAAAUCCUCUCCGUCUCCGGCUUUUCAUAAACAAUCUGCUGAAGGCGAUUCUGCCAAUGCUCAAACAGGUGUGCAGGGACAAACAAAAGAGCCACCAAGGAAAUUCCAGCAGGAGGAAGGUCGUGAGAUUGGCGUCGUGAAAUUGAUCAAUUACGUGAAAUAUCUGCAGAACGGAGGAGAGCUACCACUUUGA